AGUGAAAAAGCAUCUGGCCCAGCUCCCAGCUGACUGCGGAGGAGAAUAUUGAAGGAGCAAUCGGUGGACGAAAUUAUUGUCCUAAUUGCUCCCACUCUGGCACUUUGCAGAACAACGCCUGCUUAUCUCGUCGCAAGUACUCGUCCGGCCAAGAGGUAGUGCUAAUGAGUCUGGUGAUGGCAUAAUCGCACGUUUUCUGCAAACUAGCCCAAGCAGAAAUGAACCAACGCUGGACGUAGGUUUGCUGCUGCAGCGGUGAUGACGAGAUGUUUUGUCAGAUAAUGCUCUCGUGAGAGAACCAACCGUAACAAUGACAUCGAAAUCCUUGGACAAGAAGUCCAUGCAGGAGUUCGCCUGCGGAUGGGGCGCCGCCUUCAUCAACAUCACGGUCACCUACCCCAUCAACAAAGUCAUGUUCAGACAGAUGCUUCACGGUCUGAAGACAAAGACUGCAGUGGCACAACUGAGGUCCGAGGGAGCCUGGUACCUGUACAGAGGCAUUCUGCCGCCCCUGGUGCAAAAGACCCUGAGUGUAUCCAUCAUGUUCGGCAUGUACGAGCACUACAGGCAGGUCAUUAACACAAACGUACCUGGAAUGCCAACUCCACUAACGAAUGGGAUGGCAGCGAUGCUGGCAGGGACAACCGAAGCAAUUUUGUCGCCCUUCGAGAGAAUUCAGACUCUGUUGCAGAACGAAAGCUACCAUCAGAAAUUUAAAAACACCGCUCAUGCAUUCAGCUCGGUUUGGGCGUCUCACGGCGCCAGGGAGUUCUAUCGCGGAUUGGUGCCAAUUUUACUCAGGAACGGUCCUAGCAACGUUUUGUUUUUCUGGGGCAGAGAGCAAGUCCAGAUUCGCUGGCCCAACUCUUCAAAUCCCAGUUUAAACCUAGUAAGGGAUUUUGCAAGCGGUGCAUUGAUCGGCGGCGCAAUUUCGACUCUGUUUUACCCAAUCAACGUUGUGAAAGCCCACAUGCAAACGCAGUUAGGAGGCCAAUUCCAGCCGCUGACUCAGGUGUGGCGCGAAGUGGCCCGUGAACGCGGCGGCUGGCGCAAAAUGUUCCUUGGCGUUCACGUCAACUACACGAGGGCGCUGAUUAGCUGGGGUGUGAUUAACGCGUCUUACGAGAUGCUUAAAAAGCUGUUUGUCGAUAAAUAGUGUUCACAAAGAGAGACUUUCCGAGUACACACAAAGCACACAACGCCUAUUUUGGUAGACAAUUUAUUAUUCCGUGUUGUCCACUGUGUGGAUCAAGUCAAUCUUUUGUUGCUAGUUGGUCACAUAAACAAACGCCAUCGAGAUUCCCUCACGCGCCAUCAGGCCCAGUUCAAACGUCUAUGAAGUGUUGAUAGUUGUUUGCAAUUUGUUGUUCCUGAGCUUAGCGUAGCAAUUAAAGCCUUAACUUUGUGCUUCA